AUGUCCCCCAGAAUCGCCAUCAUCGGCGCCGGCCCCGCAGGCCUGACUCUCGGCGCCCUCCUCCACAAACACUCCAUCACAUUCACCAUCUUCGAGCUGCGCCAGAAACCAACUGAUGAAGAACUAGCAAGACCAUCCGGCAUGUUGGAUGUCCACGAAGGCUCCGGCCUCGCAGCCAUCCKCGAAUGCGGUCUCUACGACGAAUUUCUCAAGCACACAGGCGACUGCGCCGAGACGCAAAAAAUCGCUGAUAAAGACGGCAACAUCCUCUACAACGACGAAGACGACGACAACAACCGACCAAGUGACCGGCCUGAGAUCGCCCGCCACGCUCUGUUGGCUAUUCUCGCUACCAAAGUACCAGCAGACUCCAUUAAAUGGGGCCACAAGCUCCUCUCCGCAACCUCCACCGGCGUCAGCACAGAAACAGAGCUCGAUUUCGGCCCCCACGGCAAACACAAAUUCGACCUCGUCAUCGGCGCAGACGGCGCGUGGUCAGCGGUCCGCGCUCUCCUAACGGAUAUCAAACCGUACUACGCAGGAAUCCAAAACAUCACGUUGACUAUCGAGAACAUCAGCACGCGGUACCCGCACCUGGCAGAGCUGAUCGGCAGCGGGAGUUUCUUGUCGCUUGGGCUGCGGCAUGGGGUGAUUACGCAUCGGGGCCCGCGGGAUUCAGCGAGCGUGUAUGUUUUCCUCACGGCGGAGGAGGGGUUUGGUGGUGAGGGGAAGCGAGUGGCCAGCGUAACCAAGGAGGAUCUGCUAAAUGACGAGGCCCUUUUGGGAAAGUUUGGCGACUCUGUGAAGGAGUUGGUGGCUGUUGGUGUUGCGUCCGAUAAGACAGGGGACCAGCCUGCGGGAGCGGUUGAUGUCAAAUCGCUGUAUAUGCUGCCUAUUAGCGCUACGUGGGAGCACAAGGCUGGUGUUACCAUUGUUGGGGACGCGGCGCAUCUGAUGUGUCCGUGGGCGGGUGAGGGGGUUAACCUUGCGAUGUGGGACGCGCUGUUACUCGCGAAGGUUAUUGUCGAGGCCUGGGAAGCUGGGCAGGAUGCUGGCCAGUUUCAGACCGUGCUGGAUCCCUUAUUGAGGCAGUUUGAGGAGGAUAUGGUGACGCGCGCAAAGGAAAAGGCGGAGGAGACGUUUAGUAAUGGACAGAUGAUGUUUGGGGAGGAUGGGGCGAACGGCAUGGCCCAGUUCUUCUUGAGCAUGGGGCAGGAACAUUGA